CAACCAUCACACACACGUCCUCAGUUGACAGUGACAGCGCACGGCACCACCAAUAACAGUCUGACUCAUUUUCUCUGGCAACAAAUGAGAUGCGCUGGUAGGAUCACUGAAACUUCUGGGACCUGCUACUGAACAGCGCACGGUGACUCGUUUCGCUUCGGCCGCCUGACUGCGUCUGGCAGAUCAUCAUCUCUGUUGUCUGGAAUCGCAUUCACAAGUUGGAUUGAAACCUUGUACGGUGAUAUGCCCGUAGUACAGGCACACCUCUCACGAAAUGUCGUGCGGUCCACCAACCAGAGGUGUUCUGGAGGCGGCUACUCAUGUUCUGGCAAAUGUGGCAUACUGGUUCCGCAGACGCUUGUGAGUGCAACUUAAUAUCGUGCCCUCGCCUUCUUCGCACCUUGCCCCUCUUGACACUCUCGCCCCGCCAUUUCAGUCAUGCAGGUUCCCAUUAUUGCUCUGCUCUUUGCCAUAUCGGCUGUCUAUAGUGCCGUAGCUCAAAGCACUACGGCUCUCCCAGGCGACACAUGUAUCAUUACGUGCAUAGUUGAGGCUGCUUCAAGUGCAGGCUGCUCAAGCUAUGCAGACCUCCUCUGCGUAUGCGGGUCUUCAACAUACGAAAAAGCAGCGACUUCGUGUUUGCAGAGCAAAUGUUCCUCAGCAGAGGCCCAGGCUGCGCAGACCCUGCACCAGGAUCAAUGCUCAUAUGUGUCGGGCCUAUUGAGCCUCUCCUCGGCUGCCUCGACAUUCACCGCCGCCGCUUCGGCUUUGCACAUCUCCGACUCGUCGCAGUACGCGUCCCUUUCCUCGGCGUACUCGUCCUACGGCUCGCAUAUCUCGUCGGAGUACUCCGCGUAUGGGGCCUCACUCUCAUCGGACUACUCGGUGCUCAGCUCGUCCCUAUCCGUGUUGGCGACGACGACGGGGAAUGUUGUGACGACCACAUCAAACGGCGCCACAGUUGUGGUUACGCACUCUACGACUGCCAACGCUGGGGUCAGCGCUCGGUUGGAUGCUUCGUUUGUGCAGAGCGGCAUGGUCGUGUGCGUUACUACGAUGCUCGGUAUCGCUCUCGGUAUUUCCUUGGUAUUGUGAGGCCUGGCAUUGUAUGAUGGGCUGCGUGCUGCAUUGUACAUGACAGUGGUGCUCAAUGGAAGACUAGUAUUGACGGCCUUUUCUGUUCUGCAAUACAUAUAGACAUAUAUGGCUGCGCGGGAAAUGAUCACCAGUACGCAUCUCUUGCUU